AUGUACAAACUCCUCGCGCUCGCCUCCAUUCUCGCCUGCACCUCCGCAGCCUUAACCGCCCCAGGACCCGAAGAGUCUAUCGCAACCCUCCCAGACGGCCCUAUCGUGACGGCCACCACCCUCCCCGGACACUCCGAGACAGUACCCGACUCGCCAACGGAGACACCAUCCACCACUCUCCCAACCGGCUCCGGUACUCCUCCGUGGUGGUCUCAGAGUCCCACCCCGGGCUGGAGCACGAGUCAUCCAAUUGGGAGCGGCUCGCUUACUCCGUGUGGUAGUAGUAGUAGCAGUUCUCCUUCGUCGACAGGAGGCAGUGGGGGUGAUGGGCCGGCGUUCACCGGAGCAGCUGGGGCUUUGUAUAAGGCUGGGACGAUCUAUGCUGUUGCGGGCGGGGUGUUGGUUGGAUUUGGGGCUGUGAUUGUUGUUUAG